AACGAAACACAUGCAAACUUAAACACAGAUCUAAACAAAAUCAACAGAAAAUAGCAAAAACACCCACGGCGAAAUUUUUAGGAGGUAGAUCCAGAUCGGAAGGGAGGGAUCCCACCCACCGGACCAGGCUCCGUUAGUCUCCUUCACUAUCCUUCCCAAAAAUCCCUCUGUUCAGGAGAUUACCUAAGGUAAGAAUACCCUUUUGUUUUCCCACCUCCAGCGAGCAGAAUCGAUCUUCUUUUCAAACUAAACUCGAAAAUCAACCAGCAAAAGACCCCCCUCUUCUCCUCAAAAUUUCCUUCUUCUGCUCUCAAAAACUCAGACGAGACUCCCCAGCAAACAGACCCAAAAUCAACCCACCAUCCCCCUUUCAAUCUGAUUUUUCUCUAUAUAUAUACCCGAAUAAAAGAUAAAAAUAAAGAUAAAAAUAAUAAAAAAGCCUUGCUCUGUCAAUCAAUAAUAAUGCUAAUUUGUCUGGAGCUGCUGUAGCGUGCAGAGGCAGAGCAGCAGGGGUGCAGCAAGGCUCGGUGCAGGGUCAUGAUGCUGGCACAGAGUGCAGGCGUGCAAGCAACGUGGGUUCGGCGCAGCAGGCGGCAAGGGGAUCUGGUGCAGCAGAGGAUUCGGCUUUUUGGCAGAAGCAGGAGUGCAGGAUCAAGUGCAGAUGUAGCAGAGUGCAAGGCACGGGCGUGCAGGGGCGCAGGGGCGCAGGGGCGCAGGCUCGGUGCAGCAGGAGGCGCAAAGAAAGGAAAUCUGGGUGUGAUCGGGGUGCAGGCUCGGUGCAGCAGGGGCGCAGGGGCGCAAAGGGGAAAGUGCAGGCGCAGGGUGCAGGGGCGUAGCGCGCAGGUCACGGGGCGCAGGCUGGUUCGGGGAAAAUAACAAAUUGAUGGGGAAAGAGAAGGUUCCAGACACCUUCUCUUUUUUUUUUGUUUUUGGGUUUGGGUUAAACGGGUUUUGGGUUUGGUUUUUUUUUUGGGUAAUUUUGGUUUGGGUUUUGAUGGGUUUUGGGUUUGGGUUUGUAAAUUCAUUUUGAUGAACUUCACCCCUUCAACUUUUAAUUUCUUCAAUUGAGUCCCUUCUUUCUUCUUCUUGAAUUUUCCAAUUUCUUUUUGCAUGUAACACCUGAAACAAAAUAAAGAUAUAUUAGUCAA